CGUAAUCAAGAGACAUUCUAAUGAGACAAAAAUUCACAUAAGCAUCAACAGAAGGAUGGUAGCAAGCUUUCCUCUGUGACAGAUAAUUAAGUGGAGAGUUUUGUUGAGAGGCUUGGGUCCUGCAGCCACAUCCUCCGAUGUGUUAAAGGCAGACAUGAAGCUCCUGACACUUCUCAUUCUCGUUGCAACCGGGGUCACACGUUCACAAGCGCGCACGUGCGCUGACCUGCGAGACUGUGUUUCUGAAAGGAGUAAAAUGUCCGAGGACAAACACGAGGAAUCGUGCAGAAUUCUCGCAAACAUUAGAGACUGUGUUCACGAAGCUUUUGCUGACUGCCGCAGAAACUCCUCUCUGCCUCAAGCGGUAGAAGAUCAGAUUAAUUUGUUCCUUACAGAGGCUGAGAAAAAGUGUGGAAGUGGCACAGCAUCCCACACAGUCUCCAUCUUCUUGCUGCUGUUGCCCUGCUCCAUCCUGCUACUGUUUUGACUCGGACAUCUGAUUAAAAACAUUUUCAACUAUAUUUUACUUCAGUCAAAAAAUGGUUUUGACAUCUUAAUAUAUUUGCUUUAAGUAUAAUGAAAGGCACCUGAGAGUAAUUGAUGUACCAUAGACUAAACUCAUUGUAUCCAAGAAUUAGAGAUUGUAUUUCUUGUAUUUCUUAAUUCACUGUAAAUUAAUCAAAUCCCCUUCCUUUCUCACGAUAAAAUGUCUUUUAUUAAAAUUCACUUAUAGCAAGUCUACUUUUGAAGCCUCAGGUCCGGAACUCCAACAAAGAAAUCCGGUGCACAGAUAUAUUUCUUUGUAUCCAAGGAUUCUCGAGAGAUAUAUGUUCAUAAGGCACAUUUAAAAUUUUUUUCUACGAGUGUAUUUUUCCAUUUGUAAUCUUUUCCUUGGAAUAAAUACUCUGAGUUUAAGUCUAUAUUUCGUUAAAUUUUAAAACUUGUUUUGGGUAAUUAAAAAUAUUUUCUACGUUUA